AUGUACAGACCAGCAGGUGUCGCCGUCAGUGAGCGCUGGCUGUGUCUGCCUGAUGAGGUGUGGCUGUCCGUCCUGUCUCUGCUGCCGCUCACAGAUCUGUGCAGAGCGAUGCAGGUGUGCAGACGUCUGCACUCACUGGCUGCAGAUCACACCCUCUGGAGAGACGUGAGAGUGGAAAACUCCACCCUGACACAGCGUUGGUUCCUCUGCGUGGGCGGACGUCGCCCUCGCAGCCUGAGUCUGUACAGCUGCAGUGGACCCUCACUCUCCUCCUGGGGGCUGGCCAAGUUCUUCACUCUGUGCAGAAACUCUCUGGAGGAACUCCAGGUCACAAGUUGCACAGGUCCUGGUCUCCAUGGUGACCGGAUGCUGCCUCUGAUUGGCCAGCUGUGUGAUCAUGUGACCAGUGUGGAUGUGAGCUGGAGUGGAGCGACAGACGCAGGAGUGAAAGCUCUGAGUGACUGCUGUCCAGGGCUGAGACUAAAAUCUGUCGUCCUGAACGGCUGUCAGCUCACUGAUGACCCACUCGUCAAACUCGUCAUGAGGCACAAAGAAAGUCUUCGCAGAGUGGAGGUGUUUGGCUGUCAGUUCCUCUCUCCGUCCUGUCUACAAACUGUUUUUAAGACGUGUGCCGGCCUCCAGCACCUCAACAUCGGUCAAGUGCCUCGAGUAAACACAGACUGUCUCACAGUGAUGACAUCACAGCUCAGCGGUCUCAUUUCACUAAAUCUGACUGGACUACAGGCGGUUUCUGAUGUUGCCGUGGAGUCUUUGCUUCAGAGCUGUGUAAAACUUCAGAGUCUGACUCUCAGCUCCUGUCCUGCAGUCACAGACCUGACACUACUCAACAUCAGCAAAUACACACCUUGUAUCAGGGACCUGGAUGUGAGCGGCUGUAAGGCAGUAACAGAUGCCGGUGUGGAGUCUCUGGCUCUGGGAUGUAGACGACUUCAGCAGCUGGAUCUCAGCUCCACCUGCACAGGAAACAGAGG